UUCGGCUUAUAUCGGACUUUAGUUGUGGCGAGCAAACGUGUAUCUUGUUGUACAGAUUAAAUAUAUCACAUGAAUGUUGUUAAAAUACAUUGUUAUUCUUUAUAAUAAAUAAAUUGCUGUUUAUUGUUUAAUGCCAGUGCAUCAUUUAAAGUUAAGAUGUUUUUAAAACUAAUAAUAGCAUAUUCCAUAUUAAUAUGGAAAGCAGAUUCCCAGAAAUAUCAAUCAAAUAAUGAUUUUGAACGAUUUAUUCUUUCAAAUAUUCCGCAAUUUAACGUAGAUCCGUAUGGUGGUAACGUAUUUUCUUCAAGAUUUUCACAGAAUACGGAUGAAUCAUAUUUAAAUAAUGGACUGGGAGCUCAGAAAAGAUCAGAUUACCAAUCUAAUGUACGGACUCAGCUACCAAUUCAAAAAAAUAAAUUGCAAUCACAACAGACAGUUAUUCAACCCAAUGUUCAACAACAAAAGAAAACACAAAUUCAAACUAACCAAAAAAGUGUUGCAAUCCCGUUACAAUUGCAACAACCACAAAAUUUGCAAUCACAAAAUUUGCAAUCACAAAAACCACAAAAUUUGCAAUUUCAACAAACACAAAAUUUGCAAUCACAACUGCAACAACAGGACACACAAACACAACUGGGCAUAGAUCAACAACAAUCGAAUCUACAGCAACAGUCAAACUUUUUCCAACAAAAUCAGCAACAGAAUAUCCAACAAAAUAUACAAUCACAGUACCAACAGAAUAUAAAACCACAACAACAGAGUUUUCUCCAAAAUCAGCAAAACCAAGGACAAUUUAAUCUCCAGAGUCAACAAAAUCAACAACAAAAUUAUCUCCAAAAUCAGCAAAACCAACAACAAAAUUACCUUCAAAAUCAGCAAAACCAACAACAAUUUUAUCCCCAAAACCAACAGAAUUAUCUCCAAAAUCAGCAAACCCAACAACAGCUGCCAGUCUAUCAGCAAUCUCCAGAUUACGGACAGAAUAAUCAAAAUUAUUAUUCGGGUCAAACGAAUACACAAUCAAAAAACACCGGUCUACCAUCGAAAUUUGGCACUGACAAUACCGGAAAAACAAGGCAAAAUGCAAAUUACAACAACGAAACACUGGCUUUAACUAAAUUUGCUCUGAAAUUGUUUAAGGCUGCAGUCAGCCAGGAGAAUAGUGUAAUAUCACCGUAUUCGAUAGCAUUGCUUUUAGCACUUGUACAACAAGGCUCGUCCGGAUACACGGAACAAGAAAUCACUCAGGCUCUACAGUUGACUCCGGACGCAUCACAAACAUUGUUUAAAGGAAUUAAAACUUUCAUGAAGAAACGUGGUUCCAGCAACAUUUUGAAGAUUGCGAGCAACGUGUAUGUAGCAAAUGGCUUUACAAUUGAUCAGAAGUUUAAAUCAAACGCUAUCAAUGCUUUCGGCAGUGACGUCACCAGUGCAAACUUUAACGAUCCGUACGGAACCUCCGCAAGGAUAAACAGUUGGGUCUCUGACAAAACGAAUCGCAAGAUUAAAAAUCUUUUGACACCAGAGUCAAUAACACCGGCUAGUUUAAUGGUGUUAGUGAAUGCUGUAUACUUCAAAGGGAAUUGGGACAUAAAGUUCAGACCAGAACUGACAGAGGACAGUAUUUUCACGCUAAGCGAUGGCUCCCAGAAAUUAGCAAAAUUCAUGUACGCGACAAGAAUGGUCAGAACCGACGUCGAUCCUGCACUUAAGGCGCAAAUAAUGAUACUCCCAUUCCAAGGCAGUGAAUACUCCAUGAUGUUCAUACUUCCACUUAAGGGAAACAACGUGAAUAACGUACUUCUAUCGUUGACGGAGCCACAACUCUACUCAUACCAAAACCUUGGCCCUAAGGAAGUUAAAAUUCAAAUCCCCAAAUUUACUGUCAAACAAGACAGUGACGUACAAUCUGUUUUAAGUACGCUUGGUCUUUGGACAAUGUUUAGCAAUGAAGCAGAAUUGCAGAGAAUUGGUCAAAAGAAUGGUAUGUCGCCACGGAUCUCAUCUGGUGUACACAGCGCGCUUCUAUCUAUUGAUGAGAGCGGAGGUUCCGGUGGCGCUGCCACUUCUCUGUCAGUGGUUGCUCUUUCCUACGAUGAUCCAUCAACAUCUUUCACCGCCGAUCGACCCUUCCUUGCAAUACUCUGGGAUAAUAAACUUACGACACCUCUCUUUAUGGCCAAAGUUGAAGAUCCGGAACCGUAAUUUUUAGUAAUUUUUAUAUUUUAGUGUAAGGAUUGUGAAGUGAGGUGAUUAAAAAUUUAUAUUCACUCCCGU